CAAUAUGUAUAAAAAAUGAUUAUAUAAGCUUGUCCUCCAAGAUUCACUGGAGUAAUUUCAUUGUUUGAUUUUACGCUUCUUCAAUUUUUUUUUGCAUGUGAUCUAAAAGAAGACCCUGUGUCUGUGUCUGAAAAAGAAUAGGCUUCACGUAAUCCUAUUUUCUUCACCAUGUCGUUACCACAGUCAAGAUUGGCUGCUGUAAAAAACCACAUCACUGCAUCCUCCAAUGCCUCUUCAAAGCCUUCACGAAAAUCGGUAAAUACAUACCGUGAGCGGAGCGAUUACAAGUAUUUUGCGCCCGUUCAGACCAGGUGGGCCGAUAACGAUCAGUAUGGGCAUGUUAAUAAUGCCAUUUACUACGUUUACAUGGAUGCUGUGAUCAACGCCUAUCUCAUCGAAUAUUGCAAGCUUUCGCCGACGGAUGUCACGCAACCGCUCGGGCUAGUCGUGACCUCUCAUGCCGAUUUUUACAGCGCCGCUUCUUACCCGAGCAUGCUACAAGCUGGUCUGGUGGUGACAAGAAUUGGCAAAUCAAGUAUCACCUACCGUGUAGGUAUUUUUGAUGACGAACAAGCACAAGCUUGUGUUGUCGGAGGUUUCACGCAUGUUGUUGUGGAUCCGAUGCAUCGACGACCCGUUCAAGCGAUACCCGAAGACAUACUGAAUGGUGUCCAAGCGAUUCUAUCUCCUGAAAAUGUGCAGUAAAAUGGAUAUACAUAUUUGUUUAUGAAAUGGAAGA